GGCACACACGCCUUCCAGCUCCUUCUCCACCCGGGGGACGGGGCCUCCCGUGCGUGUCACUGCCCGGGGAGCCCAGGCGCUGCCGGCUGCAGAGUCCACGACGUCCACGCAGGGAGAAGAGGCGGGUUUCACCCAAACUCAAGAGUCCUUCCCGGCUCUGCGCCAGGGCCUGGGGAGGACGCUGAGCGCCCAGCCGCGUCCGCCAUCACCCCGACAGCGUGGCCCUGAACACGCGGCGCGUAAGGGCCUUGGGGAGCCGGCUGGAGAUGCCGCCGCCCUCGUCACUGAGGGAGGGCCCUCCGGCGCCCUCAGCAAGUCCCCGUUUCCUUCGGGGCGGGUCCCGGGACCCGCCGGGGUCAAAGGUAAAGCGAGAGCACCCUCAGCAGAAGGGGCCGCUGUGGAGGUCGGUCCCGGACGGCAGGGUGGGUCAGAGGGGGCCCCGGAGCAAGGGCCGUCCCGUGCAGAGGCCCCCAGGGACGCUCGGGCAGAAAGUUCUCGAGGGGACGGACUCAGGAGUAUGGGAGCCCCCAGGAGCACGGGCACAGCACGACUUGGAUAAACGAAAGGACAGCACGGAGCCGUGUCCCAAGGCCGCCCUGCGCGGCCGGGCCGGGCAGCGUUCCCUGGUGCUUCUGCACGUGUGGUGGCCUGGUCUUCAGGGCAAAGGGGCUGAAGGAGCCUCGUGCCCGGAGUGUGACACAGUCACCGUUGUCAGCGUCUUGACGGCCCUGUUCCUCUCAGUUAAGUUUUGCUCCGAGAGCGGGUGGCCGGCCCGUCGCUGCGUCAGGCCCAGCCCGGACUUUCUGCUGAAAACGCUCUGA